CACCUAAAUUGGGAAAGGCCCAACUCCAGAUUUUGGCCCAAGCAAAAUCAAACCUAAACUCUUCUCUUUCACCACCUUCUUCUCCAUCUUCAGAAAGCCGCAACGAGACGUGACGAGUCCCAGACCCCGAAAAUCACGCCGAACCGCUACCUAGAUCACACCAGAGCUGCUGCCACUGUCUCUGACCAAGCCGAAGCUCCUGCAUCUGUUUCCAUAAGCAUGAGGAGAAGCAUACGUGAGUCAACACCGAGCCGCCGUGUUCUCGAUCACGUUGCCGCCGUUCAUCGUCACCGGCGAUCUGCUGCUCCAAGUUAUUGCCAUCGUCCGGGAAUCAUUUCUGUGUUACUUAAGCUCCAAGCUUCGUCCGCUCUGCUUAUUUUCUGUUGUUGGUGUUACUAUGUCAUUGUCCGUGCCGCAAGCUUUCUCUUCUCCAUUGUUGUUUACGAUUGGUGUGUGGUGUUUAGCAUUCAUUUGGCCCAAGUAAACGUUGUUAAGUUGAGAUCACUUUUGCCGUGUGCCAUUCCCAUCAGUUCAACCGAAAAUCAA